ACAAAUGGAUCCCUUUGGUUCGAUAGGUUUUUUGUCUCCACUUUAGAAAAGCAUUCGACACCAACAGACGGCUUGGACUCAGCGAGGACGAAGGCCCGAGAAAACAGGGGAGCGUGUUUGCACCUGGCUCUUACUGAUUGCUCGGUAACUAGUCGACGAAUCACAAGGUCCAAAAUAUUGCCAUUUGGCUGGCAAAAGGCGAAACUCUCUGAAACCAGCUGUCAUAACGAAGUGCAGUUUCUUGGAUUAACUCGUUUCUAACGUCAACCAUCAUGGGGAAAGAAAAAAAGAAAAUCGUAACAAAAAUCAAAGAGUUCCUGGGUUAUACAACUGCGCACGGUUUUGCACGACUCGUUGAAUCCAAGAACCCAGUUCAAAGAGCAUUCUGGGUACUAGCUUGCCUAGGUGCUUUUGUCGCUUUUGGGCUCCAAGUUUACGAGCUUUUCAGCAAGUUUAACCGAAAACCGGUGGAUACAUACAUCACCAUUAAACACGAAAUGAAUUUGGAGUUUCCUGCCGUCACCAUCUGCAACCUGAAUCCAAUUCGGAAAAAACACCUCCCCGAGUCUCUUCGAGAGUACUUCAAGUAUUCGCUUGGAGAUAGCAGCACUGAAGAACCGACUUCGAAGCCGACAACAUCAAGUCUACUGGGGAGAGCUUUUCCUAGUGUGAAUUCGCUUUUCACCAAACCUGCCUUGCUUUCUAAUAUAACGGUAUUAACACACUCAAAGAAAUUAAUGCCGAUCGGCGUAUUUUCGCCAUUCUUAAGUUGCGCGGGGAUUGGGUCGAGUUGCUAAGCAAACAAGAUUUUAGUGGACUAGUAAUCGUUGAUAACGUGCCGGGGAUGGCCCCGGUACGUGUUAAGCCUAUUCUUUAUCGAAAUACUUGUAUGCGAGGAAUUGCGUCAUUAACAGAAAAUGACCCGACUUAUCCGAAUCAAAACAUUUGUCUUGGAGAAACUAUAACUGCUAUUUGGCUUCCGUAAUUCAAUCUGAAUUACAUUUUGGUGCGUUUGGAAGCGGUGUGAUCGGAAAUCAUCUCAGUGCUGAAUCCGCUUCAAAGAUAUUAAAUGACGGAAGCCAAGAUGCGAUUUAGCUGUUGGAAAUAGUCGACAAGAGUUCACAUAACAUUGAAAACUGCUGUAAAUUGUUGAUUUUGAAAAGCGACCGUAGGCGUACGAAUGAUCUUUUGACGCAUUUUCUGUCAUUAGUCUACAUCUCUGUCGAACUCUUCUCUUGAAACCUUGGGAGGAGUGCUUAAUGGAUCAAGUGUGGACUCGCUUCUCACUAAGGCUCCCUUUCUUUCUAAUACAACGGUAACACACUUCAAGAAAUUAAUGCACGGCACGGUGAGAGGUUGGGAGCACCGAUAACGAAAUAAUCACUUGAUUAUUGAUCACCGAUAUCCCCCCUUUUAUGCUGUUUUUGUUUUCAUAGACUAGUCCCUCUCCCCCUACUCAGCCUUUACCACUUUUGUUUUGGAACUAGAUCAGAUUGCGUGGGAUAUGUUAUAAAACGAGUAAAAUACCUUGUAGAUGAAUCAAACAACAAAUGUGUUUUGUCUCGAUGAACUGUUCCGCAAGAUAUCCA